CAAAUACAGAAAUAGCCCGGGCCUAUUACCGCAAAAACCUACCAUACCAACUCGACUGUAGAUAGUAGUAAUCAUAUAAAUAAGACCGAGACCAAUCCAUCAGUGCGAUAUUAUAAUUAUAUAUAUAUAUAUCUCUUGCCCUACCCAUCCCAUCCCGAUUUCAACAUUUCAUGUUUCUCUUCCGACGAAUCUUCUCAUCAUCCAUAACGCAACAAGCCAUGGCCGACGCAAAGACAAAAGCCCAGAGCAUCAUCGACGAGAAUGCCGUCGCCGUAUUCUCUAAAUCCUACUGCCCCUACUGCUCUUCCUCGAAGAAGCUCCUCGACAGCUUAGGCGCCAAGUACAAGCUCGUCGAGCUGGACGAGGUGGCCGACGGCGCCGCGCUGCAAGACGCGCUGCAGGAGAUCUCGGGCCAGCGCACCGUCCCCAACAUCUUCAUCAACAAGAAGCACAUCGGCGGCAACUCGGACCUCCAAGCCAAGUCCAGCCAGCUCAAGAGCAUCCUGGCCGACGCCGGUGCUCUAUGACUCGAUGGCCGGUCAUCAUCGGUGGCGAAGCUGUGAAAGAUCAGGGUGAAUGAAGCACAAAGGAAAGUUUGGAAAAGAAUUGGCCUGCGCGUUGACUCGUUGAUGCUAGUUGUCUUGGCCACGUCGCACUUGUUUCUUUCAUAGAUCGAGUUGUGCGCCUU